AUGGCAUAUCAAUCCCUCUUGCAAGAAUAUAUGCUCAUACCUCCUGUUACUAGGGCUUAUACUACAGCUUGUGUCAUCACUACAUUGGCUGUGCAACUAGACCUAGUGUCACCAUUUCAACUAUAUUUUAAUCCCACACUGAUUUUGACAAGAUACCAAAUAUGGAGAUUUUUAACAACAUUUCUUUUCUUUGGAAACUUAGGAUUUAAUUUCUUAUUCAAUAUGAUAUUUACAUAUAGAUAUUGUAGAAUGUUAGAAGAAGGCUCAUUUAGAGGAAGAACAGCUGAUUUUGUUGUUAUGUUUAUUUUUGGUGCUGUGUUAAUGAUUCUUUGUGCAUUUUUUAUUAAUAACUUAUUAUUCUUAGGACAAGCUUUCACUAUAAUGAUUGUAUAUGUGUGGUCUCGUCGAAAUGUAUUUAUACGUAUGAACUUCUUUGGACUGAUGAACUUCCAGGCUCCAUACUUGCCAUUUGUUUUACUCGGAUUUUCUGUACUUUUGGGUAAUUCAAUAUCUGUGGAUUUAGUGGGCAUGGCUAUUGGACACAUAUAUUUCUUCCUAGAAGAUGUUUGGCCUAGACAGGCUAGAGGACAAAAGCUUUUGAAGACACCACAAUUCCUCAAAAUGUUGUUUGAUCCAGAACCAGAGAGAGAAUAUGAACCAUUACCAGAAUUAGCAAAUGUGAGGCCAGGGGGCUUUAAUUGGCGUCGUCAACAGGAGCAAAACGUCAAUGAAGGUGAUGCAUUAUGA